CGCGGGCCCGCGGUGCGUUUGUGGCGGUUCGGUCGACUGCGCGUGGGUUCGGGCGAGCGAGGGAGACGGUCGACAGCAAGGGGGUCAUGAUGCUCCGUUGCUCGUUUUGCAACAAAGUUUUCCAAGGGACCCAAUUUCAGGCCACGCGGCACUUCUCGCAGACUAACUACUGGAAGGAUGUCAGCGACGAGGCGUUGUACGAGAUUGCUCGACGGACUCAACAGAAGCUCGAGGCCGACCAGAUGGAGAGGGUUGCCAGGUAUGCAGCGGAGUGCGGACUCGAUGUGCCCGGCACGGGUGGUGCAAGGGGAGGAGAGGCGGGGCGGCGUUCGGUGGACGGAGGGGUCGGGGGAGAUGGUGGGCAUGGUGCGGCAGACCCCACUUUGGGUGGUGGAGGCGGUGAGACGGAGGAGGGCGUGAUCAACGUAGAUCGCGAGGCGCGUGUUCCGGGUGAGGAGGGAGUCUCGGAAUGGGAGGACAUGCCAGAGUUUUAUCCAGGCACUGGGGAGAGGUUGGAGGACUGGCGGAGGCGAGCAGGCAAGGGAGCUGCAACGGAGGGGUCUUCCAAGAGGAAGGAAGGAGGAAGUGAUCCGCUGCCACCCCAGCAGGGAAGAGGCUUCGCCAACAAAAGCGGGGUCUCCUUUAAUGCCUUCCGCAACCGGGCGUGGAAGGCAUAUCAACAGGUGCUUCUUGAGCAGCCUGGCAGUUCCCCACGCGCAGUGCUCCCCAACCACUGCGAGAUUACGAGUAUGCGGGCGGUGGAGACCCACCGUGCGGAGUUGGCGGAGGAGUUGGAGGAGGUGAGGCAGCCAUUCUGGGUGACUGGUGCCACCUUCCUCUCCGAUGGGAGGAAAUUACGAGACGGGAGACCGAUCGUGAAUUUCCUUGCUGCUGGCUCUCGAGGGGUCGUCGUGUACACGACGAUCAAUCGAGAGGGCGAGGCGGACGAUGCAGUGCACGUCCUUCGGAGAUGGGUUACCAUCUUCCACGAGUUCACCUUCGGCGGGUCGCCGCGGAUCAAUGUGAUAUGCACUGACUCCGCUUCUGCCUAUGUGGGGGCUGCGAGGGCAUUGACCUCGCCGUUCAUACCUCCUGCACUGAGGAGGAUCACUUGGCUCCUGUGCUCCGUCCAUGUCUGCAAGAAAUUAUUGUCAAAAAUGGGGAUGAGUUGCGACGCGUUUGUGGAUGCGAUCACACGCGCUUGUGUGCUGGUGGUGUUUUUCAAAACCCACCAGGCCGCCCUUCAUUUUUUUAGGACGCGCAGCCCCGACAAGGGGCUGAUUCUUUCUUGCGAGACGCGGUUCGCGUCUAUUUACUCCAUGCUGGAGAGGCUGUUGGCCGUGCAGGACACUCUGCAGGACAUGAUGCGAGGGGACGACGCGCGGGCUUUUGCUUCCAUCUUGUUGUCCGCCGAUGUGUGCGUCAUGGCGUGUUGGGUGCGCCGACAGAUCAGAUGGGAUCCAUGGUGGCAGAGGGUGGCCACCAUCGUCCAUAUCAUGCAGCCCAUCAUAGAGUUGCUCAGGCGGAUGGAUCGUAGAGGACAGUACAUGUCCCUUAUGAUCGAGUGGACGCAGGAUCUUGUCCGCCAUUUUACAUCUUGCGCGCCAGCGGAGAGGAACUGGGCAGUCCACGAGGGCAUUCACACGAAGAAGCGCAACCAGUUGGCCUUCGAGAAGGUCGUGCAACUCGUUGAGAUCACCGCAAAUGUGCAGUUGACUGAGUAUCGGCGGGCUGGAUGCGGUUAUGUGCUGCCAUGGCAGCGGGACGAGGGCAUGCUGGACUCCCAGGCAGGACUCGAGUUUGAGCCUGUGCACUCGGGGACUCGCAGGGGGAUGACGGAGGAGAAGAUUGUCUGUCAGGUUGCACUUAUUACCCGGGAUCCCAUCGGGGCGUCUGCACCACCCUCGGCUGAUGCCGUUUUCGAUAGACGUGAUUGCAUUUUUUGUCCCUACCCCAGGGAGGACGACUCAUACGAGGAGCCGAUACCCGAGGCGGCAGAUGACCCUGCGCUCCGCAUUCCCCAGAUAUCGACGAGACACACGAGGAUCCCGACUCCAAGGAGACGAGGGCACACACUGCACGACGGGCAGCGGACCGGGCGGAGAGGGAGAUGCUGGGGGGAGACGAGGACUUUUGGGGCCCAUUCGGUGAGGUCGCUUCCACUGGCGGCCCUUAGGCGCAGACGACGACCCCCACUCCGACGAGGCGGGAUUCGUCCAUGCCGCCACCUCCUGCUCCGAGUCCUGCACCACUUCAGCCGGACAGGGAGGAGUUGGGGUCCUCUUUGCCUCAGUGCGGCCUUCUCCAUAGAGGCGGGGCCUGUCCGCCAGCUUAGGUUACGAUCACCUUCCCUGGGGAUAUUGCAGGAGGAGGGGGCACCUUCGGCAGCAGCAGUGGAGAGUUCAGUGGCACCAGCGGCGGUGCCGGACGCGACGAUCGCAGCCGCGGUGGAGGAGAUAGCAGCAGCAGCAGCAGCAUCAGUGCUGGAGGAGAUGGCAGCAUCAGUGCUAGAGGAGGAUCCACCGGCGGCAGGAGUAGGGGCAGCAGUGGAGGGGCAGGUGGCAGCAGCAGGAGGAGCAGGUGGAGGAGCAGCAGCAGUGGAGGUUGAGGUGGCAGCAGCAGUGGAGGAGGAGGAGGCACCGUCGGCAGCUGCAGUGGAGGAGGAGAUAGCGGCACAGGCCGAGGUGCAGCGUGGGGGCGAUGACGAGCGCCUCGUGCAGCAGUUCCUCACGGAGGAGCUCGGUCCGGCCAUAGCAGGUAUGACCCCGGGUGUGGCGAGGGGGUUUGGGAUUUCAGAUUCGGAGAUGGGGACCCACUUAGACUUAGAUUUGUCAAUGGCCCUUCCACCUAGUUGCAGCGGGGCGACAUCGACGGACCAGGCUCCAUUGAGGGACGAGCCGCCAAGACAGACUUCGACGCAGACCACGAGAGAGAGGACGAUGACUGAGUCUCCAGAUGCAGCACGCAACAUCAUGGAGCGAGAGAGGGCUAGACUUUUGGCAUCGACUGACCCGCGUGCUCAGGCGUUCGCACGGGCCGUAGUGGAGGCCAGGCGUCAAGAGAUAGGGGGGGAUUAUGUGCAGGAUGGGGUGGUGGCGGGGGAGGACGUUGCGGAGGGAGUGGCAGCAGAGCCGGUACCCGAGGCUAUAUCGGGUGGAGCAGAGGCAGCGGACGUUGCUGUAGAGGGACGGCCUGAGGCGGUGGAUGAGGCUGUGCAAGCAGGACAGCGGCGAGUCAAGGAGGCUAUACACGCACGACGCGAGGUCCAGGAGAUAGCGACGGGUACAGUCGUUCCCCACUUUGCUCCGCAGGAGGUCCGUCGUCCUUUGGAUGCAGAGGAGUUGGCGAGAGAGGCUGUGCGCGAUGUUACUCGCUUGGACCGGCGCAUCUUCGACCGGAGGCUCGAGCAUUCACCAUGGAAGUCGAUCCCUUCGGUUCGAUGGGGUCCCGCAUCGCCGGUGUGGUCUGGGUCUACCUCCACCGGAGGACAUACCACGGGACAUGUUCCAGGGGUUUCGGGUGGCGUGACGGAGACAGCGCCACGCACAGGAGACAUGCCACCCCCUCCUCCCAGAGCACCUGCAGGCGAUCCAUCAUCGUCGCCCACAGCCAGAGGCUCUCGAUCCCCACACACGCCUGGGAGAUCUAGGAUUCGUGACACGACAGCAGUUCAGCAGAACGUGUCUGACAUGACAAUAUUCGGGAGGACAGAUAUAGAUUUGGAUUCCACCCGCCGUGUCACGGAGCACACUGCACGCCUUCAGCCGGGCUUGGGAGGAGGAGGCGCUAGGACGACCGCAGCGAGGGAGGUACCGACUUCAGGUUGUGAGCCUCAGCGAGGUCGUGGCAGAGGAGUGUCCACCGAGACCUUGGAGUACGCUCUGAGAGCAGCGACGCGUGUCGUGCAGGAGCAAACUCCACGCAAGCGUGGAGUGCCUCCUCGUCCACGCCCCAUGCCUGCAGAGGGAGGCACAACACUUGGAGAGAGUUCGGGGGUAGAGGGGUUGGGGAUGCCUCGUGGAUCCCGCCGUGAGCAGACCAUUGCAGAGGCUAGUGCGAGGGUUGUUGUGUUGAGGAAGCGAGGUGGCCCAGUCACCAUUGAGGAGGAGGAUCCUAAUACGGAUGCGUCUGUGCGGAAUGCGGACGAGGAUUACGAGGGCGAGGAGGGGGGAGAGGAGGAUAGCAGGAGCGGUUCUGAUGGUGACGACGACGACUAUGAUGAGCCCCCACCUUCCCCAGGACCCCCACCGACGCGUACAUUUAGACGCUUCGCUGCACGGACUUCUUCAUCCUCACGAGGGAGGAAGAGUCAGAUGCGGGGGGCCGAGCACUUCACGAAGGGUAGGUGCCCGAGGGUGACACCAGAGGUACUUGUCGACAUUUGGAAUACGACACAAUACUGUUUCGACCAGCGGCGAGAGAGACAGGUGCGGGAUUACAUGGAGUAUCAUGGCAUCCGUAAUAAAAAAGAUGUGGGAGUUGGACUGUCGGAGGAUGACGAGGUGCAGCAUGUUUUGGACAGGGAGGGGGGGAACGGCGAGGGAGGAGAGUGCGGUGGCGACGACGAUGAGAUGGGCACAGGGGCGGAGGGCGAGGGACCGACGGACGACGGAGGUGAGGACGAUGUGCAGGAGUUAGGAGCGUCCCUGCAAGGCAGAGCAUUCAAGUGGUGGUAUAUUGGUGGUGUCUCAUUUGAGAGGACGAGGAUGGCCAAGUACAGUGCCCUCACAAAACAUCUGCAGAAUAUGCCCAGGGGCAUGAGGCCUGCUUUGCCCCAGUUCAAGCGCAUAGCAGCUAGUGACAUACAGGAGGAGCGUGCGCAUGUAGCUGAUAAGCUACGUGACAUACGCGAGCAGAUGCAGUACACGAGGGCUACCAUCCUCACGGAUGGGAGGAAGUCCCUGAACUCUGAGCCCAUCGUGAACUUCUUGGCAGCAGGACAGUCGGGCGCCUUCCUUUUCACAACGGUGCGCAGGGAAGGGGUUGACGCAGAGACGUCAAACGUCGUCUUGCAGCGCUGGAAGAAGGUGUUUGAGAAGUUCGGCACGAAGAACAUCAACUCCAUCUGCACGGACUCUGCAUCAGUUUAUGUCGCUGUCGGUCGAGCGCUUUGCAACGAUCCCGAUCCGGAUAAGAAUGUGGCGCAGAUGACACUACAUGGGUUGUGUGUUCGGACAUCGGCGAGCGAUUUUGCACACCAUAUAGGGUCGGUUUUUGGUGGUGCGAGUUCUGGGAUGUUGACAAGGGCUGCUAGAGCGUCAGGCGAGAUAGAGGAGGGCGAGAGUGGUGACGUCAUGCCUCUGUCGCCGGUUCCACGUGUUGCCAGAAGGCUAGACAUGGACCCCGAGGACGUGCUUGAGGAGGAGCGUUUGAGACAGACGGUGUUGAGGUGUGCCACGACACAGCGGCUUGCGUGGGAGCAGGACACGACCAGGGAGAGGGAGAUGGGGUGUAUUGUAGAGGAGGUCACUGGCGCAAGAUUAGCAGCAGAGUGUACACACGAUGGUCAUGCAGAUGUUGUAGAUGGUGGUGGACUUUUCACAGAGGGACACAUGGUUGAUCGUGCAUAUGGGGAGAAGGAGGGUGCGAGGAGAUCACACUCAGGAUGGUCCUGUCGCGGUGGAUGUUGUGGUUGCACAUCGCAACGAGGAGGAGCGACAUGUGGACCCCGACGGCAUUUAUCGAAGAGGCUUUUGGAGGUUGUGCCUCCAUCUUCUUUCGUGCCUGUUAGUCCGCCAUUACCCUCGGGGGUAUCGGAAGAUAUAGGGAGGUCUAUGGAGAUGGCCGACUUGUUCGAGCAAUUGACAGGUCAGAGGGUUAUCGAGCCGGGAGGGGUAUCAUGGGAAGCAGGGUUAGUCGCUGGAGGGACACGACCGGCAUGUGCAGGGGUUGUGAGUGGACGAGGAGGCGAGUCUGGUGGCAGUGUUGUUGGCGGCGGAUGUGGUCCCACAAUUGUCGGCAGACGCUCGGGCCUUUCGGGCGGGAGUGUUGGUGGGGGAGAGGGUUCUGCUGCAGCAGCGACGACAGGAGGGCGAGGGCAUGUGCAAGGUUCUCCAUCACCUUCAUCGAAGGCGAAGGGGAAGUCCGUAACGUGGAGCGACAUCAAUAGGGUCACGCGCAAACUCAAGGAUGCUAUGCCUGGGGUUACGGAUGAGAGGAGGGAUCAUAAGGGGAGGUUGACGGAGAUGUUUGCGGACGCAGCAGGCUGGGUACAAAAGGGAGAUAGGUUGGAGCAUCCUGGUGCCGGAUCGUCAUGUGUAACUGAGCGUCGGGGCGACAAGGUGGUUGCACCGCCGUCACGACCGCCCGCAGCAGGUGUGGCACAACGAGAUGGUCAUCAACGUCCCAAAGGGCGACCUUCCACACGUGCUUUGCCAGGUGCCCGACUCCCCUCCGCAUUGCUGGCGGAUCCCCCUGAUCCUGUCACAUUGUAGACCAGCCGUGGAGCUUGUCUUUCGACAGCACACAUGAUACUGAAUGAGGAGCCACGGCGUUAG